AAAGAGAGGAAUGGGAGGAAAAAUGCACACGAAAUCGGACUCGGAGGUGACUUGUAAUAGCAUGGAUCAGUCGUCGUCGUCGCCGCCGCGCUCCCCUCCCCGGCGGCCACUCUACUACGUGCAGAGCCCUUCCCACCACGACGUUGAGAAAAUGUCAUACGCUUCAAGCCCAGUUGGUUCUCCUCACCAUCAACAGUUCCAUUACUACCACUCCUCUCCCAUUCACCAUUCCCGUGAAUCCUCCACCUCUCGCUACUCCGUCUCGCUCAAGAACCCUCGCCAACCCUCCUCCUGGAAAAAACUCCACAACCACCAACUUGACGACGAUGACGAUGACGACGACGACGGCGACGCCGUUCAUGACUCAACCCGCAACGUUCGCCUCUACUUUGGCUUCUUCCUGCUUUUCGUGCUGCUUUUCACCGUCUUCUCUUUGAUUCUCUGGGGUGCCAGCAAGAGUUACAAGCCUCGAGUCAUCGUUAAGAAUAUAGUGUUCGAGAACUUGUACGUACAAUCGGGGAAUGAUGGAUCAGGGGUACCAACAGAUAUGCUGUCGUUGAACUCAACGGUGAGGAUCUUGUACACAAAUCCUGCUACUUUCUUCGGCGUUCACGUCACUUCAACCCCUCUUCAGCUUAGCUAUUACCAGCUCACUCUAGCCUCUGGCCAGAUGCAGCAAUUCUAUCAAUCAAGGAAGAGUCGGCGGAAGGUAGCGGUAGUGGUGUUAGGACACCAGAUUCCACUCUAUGGUGGGGUGUCAGUUUUUGGUAAUAGUAAAGAGCACAUGGAAAGUGUUGCAUUGCCACUGAACCUCACAUUCGUAGUGAGAUCAAGGGCUUUCAUCUUGGGAAGAUUGGUUAAGACUAAAUUCUAUCGAAGAAUCAGAUGUCCCCUCACUUUGCAUGGCAACAAACUUGGGAAACCUCUUAAUUUGACGAAUUCAUGUGUCUACAAUUAAAUUAUUCC